AUGGGUCUCGUUGACGACAGCACUCCUCCAGUUACCUGCGAUGACGACCAGGUGACUGCCAACGGCAAUAGUUGGAAGGUCGAGACCCCCCCCCCCCCAAAAGCUGGCACGUGGCAAUUAUGUCCUGCCCCAACGGACACCGGUAACAUCUACCAGUCCCUGGCGAGCUACGCCAUCCCCGGACUCGCUCCGUACACGGGUGCUGUCUUCACCGCUCGAGCAACCUCGGUCAUCACAGCCUCUUGGAACCCCAUUGCGGAAAGUGGUUGUGCCCUUACCACAACCACCGCUGGAUCCGGACCAUCGACUAAGAAGCCAUCAACAACUACGCCGGUCACCAAGACAACCACGAUCUUCGGCAACCCUACCGUUGACAUGGCUAUCUCUUUACUCGUCAAAUCCUUUGUACAGUGUGAAUGUGAAAUUAAAAUUAGAUGA